GGUGCGUUGAAUCCCAUGUCAGAGUCUUCUACAAUUGAUAUACGGGCGCCUUGUUUGGCUGUUUUGGAGCCAACUGAUACCUUUGUUUCAAACAGCCACGAGAACAGCCAAGGUAAUUUCUCGAACUCUUCUUCACCAACUAUCGAAGCGGGUUCUUCACAAAGUCACAUGGAGACUUUAAAUGUUCCUGUUUCAGAAGAAUUAUUGUCUCCAGCUCGUCAAGACGAACCUGAAGACGUUUUUCAUGCGACAGACUUUCGAAGUUUCACUAGGCGAACCUUGAACUGGAUUGGACAAUUUUUUGACGAAAACUCUACCUAUCGUCGACAGGCUUUGUGGCCAAUUAUUUUCUUCUCCUUUAUUUAUGUCGGUGCUUGUAUCGUUGCUAGUGUGACCAUUUUAUGUCUUACUUGGAACAAGCCCUGUGACGAGCCUCUAAAGUACUGGGUUCUUUUCAAUGGCGUCAUAUCUCUUUUAUAUACUAUUUUCAAGCGACUUUCCAACGAAGACUUAGUCGAUGACUAUUCGCAGUUGACGUCUAUCCAGCAAAGAUCACUUAUUUGCUUUAGAAUUAUAUCGUGGCUUUCUCUUGCGUGGUUUAUUGUUGGGAUGGUUUGGGUCUUUCGCUGUGAGACUUGUCAAAGAACUGCUGUUGCACUUUAUCGUCUGUCUCUUGCACUGGUGAUUAUUAAUCUAAUUUUCCUUGGAGUUUCGGUUCUUUUAGCUUGUUGCAUUUUUGUUUUAGCGCCAAAUCUUUUCCGUCCUGAUUUCAAUCUUGACGGUUCUGUUACUUUUCACCGCAGGGGAGCUACGAAGAAGGAAAUAGAUAGAAUUCUUCUAGUUCGUUAUCAUCGAGAUUCUUCUGAAGAGGAGUCCACUUGUCCCAUUUGUUUAUGUGAAUAUGAAGAAGGCAAUUUGUUAAGAAUUCUUCCUUGUACUUCGAAACACCGUUUCCAUGCAACUUGUGUUGAUCGUUGGUUAAUCCUAAACAAGUCUUGUCCAUUAUGUAAGGCUGAGAUUGAUGCAUCUUCACGCUGUGCUGGUGGCACAAGUCGUAGCGACAAUGUGUAAUAAGAUUCUUAUAUCUAUAGUGACAUGAUCCUCUAGUGGAAUUAGAUAUCUUCUGGUUUAGGUUUAUGACUGAAUAAAUACGAUCAACUUAAGUAUAGAUGGU